AGCAACACUAUUCAAGGGUGUCGUCUGACGUCGUUGUGCGCAUCAUGCCUGGCGCUUUUAAGUGAUUUUACUUGUUAGUGGGAGAAAAAAAACGUCCAUAAAUUUGGACAAAUAGUUAGGAUGUAACACACCCAUUUAAGCGAAAGUGUCAAGUAACUGAGAUCAGUUAUCACUGGUCAUCACUAGUCAUCACUCGUCAUCAUUCAUUAGUCGGUUGUAGAAGGUGAAUAAACAAUGUCGCGUGUAUGCCUUUCUGUGCUUUUCAUCUUUAGCAUCGCUAUUCAAUUCGGCGAAAAUAAUGCAACCCAAUCCGAAUGUGAUGGAAAUAUCGAAGCUGGUUCCAAUAAAACUCGUAUAUCAUUUAUCGAAGCCAAUCUGAAAGAAUUAAAUGUGUCUUUAAAGAAUUGGAACAAAAUCAUCGAGAGUUCCAAUGAUGAUUCGCAAUCUAAAGACGUCAAAGGAUCUGUUAGCAAAAUCUUAAAUAUGUUUGAGGAACGCGUUCACUUUACGGCGCCAGGGACAUGGUGGUGUGGUGGCGGAGAUUUUGCGCGUGAUGAAAACGAUCGCGAUUUCUUCAAAGAAUCAGAUGCUUGUUGCAGAGAGCACCAUAAUUGUCAAACCAAGCUCUUAGCUGGCGAAACGGAGGUCAAUAUCAUCAAUAAUGGUAUUUUCACAAGGUCUGCUUGUGCUUGCGACAUCCCUUUCCAUAUGUGUUUGAGAUCAGCACGAGAACAGCACUCUAGUACGAUUGCCCAGACGAUCGCAAUUAUGUACUUCAAUAUACUGAAACUGCAGUGUUUCCAUUGUAUAUGCCCAACGGAAGAUUGCAACCUUGAAGAAGACCGUACUGAAUGUAAAGGUCACUGCAAGAGAUACCAAUGGAUUAACAGUCCUGAAUUUUUCUUUUAAUAAAUAUUUUUUCAAACUGAAAAUUUUUAAUUUUAAUAUCUUAAGAACUAAUUUUAGGUGUAAGUCUUUUAAGAAUCUUUAACUCUCUCAUAAUUUUUGACAUAACUUUCUUUAAUUUUUGAUAUUGUUUUACAAUUUUAUUUAGAAUGGAUAUUCAAAAUUUAAAACAUACACAUAAUAAUUCUUAAACUAAGUAGAUAAGAAAAUAACUAAAUAUAUUCUUUUGAGAGGCUAUUAGUGUAAUGUACUAAAACUUUAUGUUAAUAUAUUUUAAUGUAUUGUUUAUGCAAUAUAAAUAAAAUAGACUCCAAUAAA